AUGAAAAAAUUGUUGUCAACAAGGAAGAUAAAGAUUGUUAAAUGGAAAUUAGAAUUGAGCCUAGCUGAGAUCAAUGAUUUAUAUUAGUAGGGUGAUUGUUAUGUAGGAUGUUUCUUAAUCAAAUUACUCUGCUGAACUGUUUUUUGUUUUGGCCAUCAUGUGCUGAACUGUUUUAUUUAUUGGUAGUUUGUGUUUACGUGUAUGUCUCAGAAUGUAAUUUGUUCCGUUGGGCUUCUCUUUUCAUUUUUUGGCAUUAGCUUUCCAGUGUGGCUUGUUAAAUUGGGUUUCUCUUUUCAUUUUUUGGCAUUAGCUUUCCGGUGUGGCACCCUGUCUGAGCCCAAUUACUACUUACUAGUAUUUUAGAAUUUAGUACAGUUGUGAGUUGGUUAAUUGCAGGAUGAAAAGAUAUCUCCAUUCAGUUCUAUUGAGUGAGUUUAUUUUUAUUUUUAUUUUUAUUUUUUAUAUUUUUGUUACAAGCAAAGGUGCAUUAAGAAAAUGGUGGUUAGAAUUCAAUUGUUGAGAUUUGGGUGCAAAAACAAGCCAUUUUAUCUGGUCAUGGCUGCUGAUAUCAGAUCACCCAGAGAUGGCAAACAUCUUGAAGUCCUAGGUUACUACAAUCCCUUGCCAGGUCUGUUCUCAUUUUCUUCUCCCUCUCUCUUAACAGUUGAAGACAUAUGUUCACAAAUGUAGAAGGCAUGUGAAAAAAUUAAUUAAUUUUACCAUGAAUCUGUUGCAUGCAGACUGAAAUUUGGAGUUCAGUGUCUUUUAAGAUCUUUUGCUUCUGAAGGAGUCUGAUUUUUGGAUUUCAUUUCUCUGUCCUCAACCUAUUAUUUUUUGGCCCAAUCUCUUUCCUCAUCUUUGAGACUUUCUUUUGUUCGUUAAAUUUGUUUUUUAUUUUUGGGUAGUUGAGGAAGUUUGGUAUUAGGAAUACAUAUGAAAUUCUAAUCUGUCUUUUCUCUUUCAACAAAAGCUGAAAUUUUUAGUCAUCUGUUACACCUUGAAAUUUGGAUGACUAAAUGAAAUAAACUAAAGGUUCAAAUUCAAAAUAGCACUUUUUGUGAGAUAGUUCAGUGCCAGAGCUGUUGUUCCAGGUACUAGCAAGAUUUAAUGUGUUACUACAUACAUGCAUGGCCUGUGGAUGUAACAAAAUGGUUAGAGCAAUACUCUUGUCGUUUCUCUUUUCCUUUUGUUUAGUUUCAUUGGGAACAGAGUAGUGGGAGUAAGCAGUAGUUGCUAAAAAGUUGGAAAGAUUUGAUAUUAGCAUUUUGAGUUGUA